CAUCACAUCACAUCACAUCACCCUCCUCCUCCUCCCGUUCCCGUCCGUCUUCCCCUGCCUCCACCCGGACCCGGCGACCCGCCCCGCGAUCCGGCGAAGCCCAACCUCCCGCGGAGAGCAUCCCGCGACCCGUCCAGCCAGCCAGCCAGCGAUGGGGUUCCUGGUGACCUCCGGCAUCUUCCUCCUGGCCGGCAUCAUCGGCUGCCUCUUCUCGCUCCUCUGCUGCAACCGCGGCCCCUCCACCAACCUGUUCCAUUUGACUCUGGUUAUUACCGCUACAGUUUGUUGUUGGAUGAUGUGGGCAAUCGUCUAUCUUGCGCAGAUGAAGCCUCUGAUCAACCCCAUCCUGAGCGGCGAGUGAUCAAGCUAAAGAUAAUUUAAGAUCCAGCCAUGAUGUAUUAUUGUUUGGUUGAGAACCUCUAUUCAUUUUGUGAAACUGAAAUAAAGAACCACUGUGAGAUUGUGCUACUCUUCCUCGAGGAGGAAUGCUGUGAUUAGUGUAUGCAAUUGUAUUAUAUACACAAUAAUAAUGGUUCUAUUUAUUAAUGCCACCCCUUUGUUGUUA